CGCGGCAAUCAUCAAGCUGAUAAUGCCAUAUGUGACGAAGGCUCAUCUUUCGCCCUCUACAAUCACACCCAUCUGAUUGGAAUUUUAAUUUCUUUUUCAAUUUUAUUUUCUUGAUCUUCAGCAAGAAUCAAGAUCCCGACCCAUCACAGAAUAUUUGACGUUCCUUGCGAUAUCGGCGACUGAUUGAACCGACUCUUGCUGCUCUGUCAGCACGCGCCAUUCCUCAGAAUCCGGCGAAUCGGCGCUGUGGGCCUGUAGAUAAAUGCUUUGGGGUUCGUGAUGCGAGGUUUUGUAGCAUAGGGAUUACGAGAGUUACCCCUUGCGUUUGAGCGAUGAGGUUCCGAAGUUCUAAUCCUUGAAGCUGCUAUUUGUUUGGUAUGGCUGUCAUCGAUUAAUAGAAUUUGGGUUUUGGGUUUUGGGUUUUCGAUGAAGUUUAUACGCGGUGGGUUGUUGCCUAGCUGACUAAAUUUGAUACUCUGCUCGUGUGUUUAAUCAAUUGAAGGGUAUCGCUACAGUGUUCAGGUGUUGGGCGCCCGCUAUAUUGCUUUGGGGAGGUGUGAGAUUGGCAUGGUGCUUAAUUGGGUAUGGGUGUCUAUCAGCUCGACAAUAUUGCAAGAUUUUGAAUAAGAUGGCUGUGCUCAGCAAAACCAAAAGUACGCUCGAGGGGCUUGUUAGGGACAGUUCAUUUAAAUGGUUGUUAGGGAAGCGAAGCUUUUUUGAUGAAGAAAUCGAAGAGAUUGAAAAGUUUCCUUCUGCUCAGAGAAAUUGGCUAAGCGAGCUCUCUCCAUUUGCCAAUGUGGUUGUUCGGAGAUGUACUAAAAUUCUUGGUGUUUCUGCUAGCGAACUUCAACAAAGCUUUAAUACGGAGGCAAUUGAUUCACUAAAGCUUACCUCAAAUUAUGCAAGAAACUUGCUGGAGUAUUGCUGUUUCAGGGCACUUGCACUAUGUACGCAAAAUACGGGCUAUUUGGGUGAUAAAAAAUUUCGACGCUUAACCUUUGACAUGAUGAUAGCUUGGGAAGCCCCAGCAAGCUCUAGCCAGCCUUUACUUGAUAUUGAUGAAGAGGCAUCAGUUGGGGUGGAGGCUUUCUCACGAAUCGCUCCAGCAGUCCCCAUAAUUUCAAACGUGAUUGUUAGUGAAAAUCUUUUCGAGGCGCUGACUUCAUCAACCAGUGCUAGACUUCAGUUCUCUGUUUACGACAAGUACCUGAGCGGGCUAGAAAAAGUGAUAAAAAAAAUGAAAAACCUAUCACAGUCAAACCUUCUUCAGUCUGAAAGAUCAUUAAGAGAAGAAAAGAUUUUAGAAGUGGAUGGAACAGUCACCACACAACCAGUUCUUGAACAUGUUGGAAUUUCUACCUGGCCGGGUAGGUUGGUUCUGACAGAUCAUGCACUUUACUUCGAAGCUCUUCGUGUCGUAUCAUUUGACAAGGCAAAAAGAUACGACUUAUCUGAUGAUCUGAAGCAGGUUGUCAAACCUGAAUUGACUGGACCAUGGGGCACCCGGCUUUUCGAUAAGGCGGUUCUAUAUAAAUCCAUUUCCUUAUCCGAACCAGUAGUGAUCGAGUUUCCUGAACUUAAAGGCCAUACUCGUCGAGAUUUUUGGUUGGCAAUCAUCCGUGAGGUUCUGUAUGUUCAUAGAUUUAUCAACAAGUUCCAGAUCAAGGGAAUUCAAAGGAGUGAAGCGCUUUCAAAAGCUGUUCUUGGAAUUCUACGUUUACAAGCCAUUCAAGAUAUAUGUUCUACACCAUCGCUUGGAUGCGAGUCGCUUCUCAUGUUUAAUCUUUGUGAUCAGCUCCCAGGUGGGGACUUAAUAUUGGAAACCCUUGCGAAUAUGUCGGAAAUGAAGGAGAAUGAACGGACGAACAAUUCUAGUCACGAAAAGGGAAUGUAUUCAAUCUCAGCACUCGACGUUGCUUCUCACUUGGGAUUUGGAAUGGGAACAGCUUUAAGCGAUCCGAACGAAAAUGAGCUUGUUGUGGGUGAGAUUGCUGUUGGAAAAAUGACUCCUUUGGAAAGAGCAGUCAAGGAAUCAAGAAACAACUAUGAAAAGGUGGUGAUGGCUCGAGAGACGGUCGAUGGAGCGAAAGUAGAUGGCAUUGAUACGAAUCUGGCAGUGAUGAAGGAAUUAAUGCUGCCAGUGAGUGAACUUGGGAUGUACCUUGUUUCUUUGGCACUAUGGGAAGAUCCUAUGAAGUCUUUGGCAUUCUGUUUGAUCUCCAGUUACAUUAUCUGCAGGGACUGGCUGCCCUAUGCCAUCGCGCUGUUACUUGCGUUCAUGGCAGUUUUCAUGAUGGUUACACGACUUUUCAACCAAGGAGGUACCCCCGUCGACGAAGUUAAGGUCGUUGCCCCUCCAGCAAUGAAUGCAAUGGAGCAGCUUUUAGCCGUUCAGAACACGAUUUCUCAAGUGGAACAGUUGAUCCAAGACGGGAAUAUCGUUCUCCUCAAGCUACGCGCUCUGCUGCUCGCCAUUUUCCCUCAGGCGACGUUGAAGUUUGCAGUAUCUCUGCUAGUGAUAGCCUUAACUCUAGCCUUCCUUCCCACAAAAUACAUACUUCUAAUGGUGUUCUUGGAGGCAUUUACAAGGUACUCACCCCCAAGAAAAGCAAGCACAGAGAGAUGGACAAGAAGAGUAAAGGAAUGGUGGUUCAGCAUUCCAGCAGCUCCUGUAAUCCUGGACAGGGAAAAGGAAGACAAGAAGGGGAAAUGA